CCCUUGAGGCCUGUAUACUGCAUAGUAGCUUUGUAAGUAUACGAGUGCUGUUUGAAGCACACGUCGCGUCGGCUUUAGUGUUGUUUUAUUCGCGAUAAAAUGUGAGUAUAAAAACGACGCGCAGUUCAUGCCGCUAUGUUAUUCGAUGAGAAAAACGCAAAGCUGCUCGGAAGGCGAAUAAUUUCAGAAAAAUGAAAGUUUUCAAUUUUUGGUUUUCGUUGUUACUCGUAAUUUUGGCUGUGAUUGUGGAAGUCCCAUUCAGCUAUGGAGCUAAAAUCUUGGGAAUAUUUCCCAUACCUUUUAGAAGUCAUUUUGCCAGUACUAGUUCGGUGAUGAAAAGCUUGGUAGAUGCUGGACACGAAGUUACCAUAGUUUCUCCAUUCGCUAAAGACCUCGCAAAAGAUAAUUAUACCUCGAUCACCGAUUUAUCAGACACUCUACCUAUUCAGAUAGGUGCAGGAUCCUAUAUGCAGCACAAUGUAGUCGGAGCUUAUAAAACAAUUCAUCUAUCUUUCCAUUACGAGAAAAAUCAAUGCGAUAAGGUGAUGGAUUCCAAAGCGUUCCAGGAAUUAUUUUUUUCGGAUAAAUCAUUCGAUGUGGUGUUUGUCGAAGUGCAAGUAUUUUACAAAUGCUAUCUGGCAAUGGCGAAAAAACUCAACGCCCCUGUGAUUGGUAUAACCACAGUGAGAUCUUGGAGCGUUGGAGACUUGGCUACCCAAAAUCCUCAUCAUCCAGCUGACGUUCCUGUUGAACAAAUUUACCCUUGGCGUUUCGAUGACUUCUGGUGUCGAUUGGAUAAUUUAUGGUAUUACGCGGUCGUGAAGUAUUUUUGGAAAUUUGAUGUGGUUCCUGUUCUGAAAAAGUUUGAGCAAGAUUACGCCCAUAUGUUGAGUCCAUAUGAAGGAUUUUUAGAUAUCGAGCCAGUAUUGAUGUUUUAUAACGGUCAUCAUAGUAUUUUACCCAGAGCCAAUAAUCCAAAUGUGAUUGAAAUCGGUGGGAUACAAGUUCGGCCUGCGAAACCACUGCCUCAGAAAAUUCAAAAAUUCAUCGACGAGGCAGAUAACGGGGUGAUUUUGUUCACUUUUGGAUCUUUCGUUAAAGUAAGUUCAAUGCCAGCAGAUGUUGUGAAUAUUUUCUUGGAAGUGUUCGCGAGUAUACCUCAAAGGGUACUUUGGAAAUUUGAAGAACCCUUGGAGAAUGUCCCAGAAAAUGUCAUGUUGAUGGAUUGGCUUCCACAAAGGGAUAUUUUAGAGCAUCCAAAUGUCCGGGCUUUCAUCAGCCAUUGUGGGCUGAGUGGAAUGUACGAAGCUAUUUACACAGCUACUCCAAUCAUAUCCAGUCCAUUGAUGUUUGAUCAGCUAUCAAAUGCGGCCAUUUUGGAGCACUUGGGUGUAGCUGUACCUCUGGAUAUCAAAUCCAUCACCAAGGAGUCUCUUUUGGAUGCCAUUAAUUCAGUAUUCAACGAUACAAGGUAUUAUAAAAAAAUGCAAAAAGUAUCGCAGGCGUUUAAAGACAGACCACUCACUCCGCAACAAAGUGUGGUAUUUUGGACCGAAUACGUCAUCAAAUAUAAAGACACUCUGAAUUUAUUGCCCCCCUCUGGCAAAUUGAAUUGGUUCCAGUUUUAUUUGUUAGAUAUUUUUUCCCUUGUGAUUGGUACGAUUGUACUCGUUGUGUAUUUAUUAAGACUGAUAAUUCUAAGAUUCAUAAACCCCGUUAGGGAAGAAAUCAAAUUAGAUUUUACAAAACUGAUUCGUCGAGCUAUGAUAAAAUCAGUCAGUAAAAAGAGUAAAUUAUAUUUUUCAAAAGUGGUUUUUCAGGAUUUGACACAUUCCGUCAGAAGGAAGUUCACUUCUUUGUUCCAUUCGAAAAAUAAAACCAGUUGAUCUGAGAA